AAAAGUGAGAUUUCAUCCUUGCCACAGCCUCACUCAGCUCAAUGGGAAUCUCUGAGAGCAGCUUUUGAAACUACGACCACAACAGACAGUUUGAACUGUGACAAGAGAGAGACUGAAAAAGAAAAUUUCCCCAGGCAGCGUUACGCAGGUAUUAGCCGCAGAGCUGACCAGGAAAGCUUUUAGAGCACAACAAAAUCCAGCACGGGUGCUGCACCCAGCAGAGGAAACUCCGGCCAUCUGGAGAUGAGGAUGACCAUCGGCCGCAGCAGUUUGCAAAAUCGCAAGAGCUGCCAAAAUUAAACCGUGAAGUCAGGCAGGAAGGCGACCAAUGACCGGCAAGAUCAGAAGUUCAGAGAUGCCCCAGAUGAGCUCCCAACAACAAGUGUGGCCGACGUACUCCCAAGUUUAUUAAGGAUGUUGAGAGGAGGGGAAAAUAUCCGCGCAGAAGAUGCCCAGCUGGCGAGGAGGGACUGCUGGUGAUGCUCGGGUCACUUGAUGAAUCCCAUUGGCCACGUCCCCGGGAGAUCCCACCCAUCUGCAAGUGCAAAAUAAAUCUCUAAAGUUGUAUCUCGUGUACCACUUGACCUUAUUGCUUUUAGCCGGCUGACUUUAUAUCUAUUUAUUUAUUAUUUUGUUGUUGUUCGGACCCUAAGAGGGGCUGGAAGGAAAUGAAUUUUGAAGCAGCACCUUUCACCACCCUGCAGUACUACCCCGAUCCCUGCAUCCAGCGGUUUGUAGAAACUCCGAGCCACUUCUCCUGGAAGGAGAGUUACUACCGAUCAGCCAUGUCCCAGAGCUCGCAGCCCAGGGAGUUCCUCAGCCCAGAGGUGAUCCAGCAUAUCUGGGACUUCCUGGAGCAGCCAAUAUGCUCGGUUCAGCCAAUUGAUCUGAACUUCAUUGAUGACCCAUCUGAAAAUGGCCCUACUAAUAAAAUAGAAAUCAGCAUGGAUUGUGUCCGGCUGCAGGAUACGGAGCUGAGUGACCCGAUGUGGCCGCAGUACACGAACCUGGGGCUCCUGAACAGCAUGGACCAGCAGAUUCAGAAUGGCUCCUCCUCCACCAGCCCCUACAACACGGAGCACACGCAGAACAGUGUCACGGCACCCUCGCCUUAUGCCCAGCCCAGCUCGACUUUUGAUGCCCUCUCGCCCUCCCCAGCCAUUCCUUCCAACACAGACUACCCGGGACCUCACAGCUUCGAUGUAUCAUUUCAACAGUCCAGCACAGCAAAGUCAGCAACGUGGACGUAUUCCACCGAACUGAAAAAGCUGUACUGCCAGAUCGCCAAGACAUGUCCCAUUCAAAUCAAAGUGCUGACCCCACCGCCCCAGGGAGCUGUCAUCCGGGCUAUGCCAGUGUACAAGAAAGCUGAACACGUCACUGAAGUGGUCAAACGCUGCCCGAACCACGAGCUGAGCCGGGAGUUCAACGAGGGGCAGAUUGCACCACCCAGCCACCUGAUCAGGGUGGAAGGGAACAGCCAUGCCCAGUACGUAGAAGACCCCAUCACUGGGAGACAGAGCGUGCUGGUCCCAUAUGAGCCACCUCAGGUUGGCACAGAGUUCACAACAGUCUUGUACAACUUCAUGUGUAACAGUAGUUGCGUAGGAGGGAUGAACCGUCGCCCAAUCCUCAUCAUCGUCACACUGGAAACUAGAGAUGGGCAAGUCUUGGGCCGCCGUUGUUUUGAAGCCCGCAUUUGCGCUUGCCCAGGCAGAGAUCGCAAAGCAGACGAGGACAGCAUCCGCAAGCAGCAAGUCUCUGACAGCACAAAGAAUGGUGAUGGUACGAAGCGCCCUUUUCGACAAGGCACUCAUGGCAUACAGAUGACAUCUAUCAAAAAAAGACGUUCUCCAGAUGAUGAGCUCUUAUACUUACCGGUGAGGGGACGAGAAACAUAUGAAAUGCUACUAAAGAUCAAAGAGUCCCUGGAACUUAUGCAGUACCUUCCCCAGCACACGAUUGAGACUUACCGGCAGCAGCAGCAACAGCAGCACCAGCACUUGCUCCAGAAGCAGACCUCCAUGCAGUCACAGUCAUCCUAUGGCUCCAACUCGCCUCCACUCAGCAAAAUGAACAGCAUGAACAAGCUGCCCUCGGUCAGCCAGCUCAUUAACCCCCAGCAGCGCAAUGCCCUGACCCCAACCACCAUCCCUGACGGCAUGGGAACCAACAUUCCCAUGAUGGGCACCCACAUGGCCAUGACCGGCGACAUGAAUGGCCUCAGCCCCACGCAGGCGCUGCCUCCUCCCCUCUCCAUGCCUUCAACGUCCCACUGCACUCCCCCUCCUCCAUACCCCACAGACUGCAGCAUUGUCAGCUUCUUAGCGAGGUUGGGCUGCUCAUCCUGUGUGGAUUAUUUCACGACCCAGGGGCUGACCACCAUCUAUCAGAUUGAGCAUUACUCCAUGGAUGAUCUGGUGAGCCUCAAGAUCCCGGAGCAGUUCCGCCACGCCAUCUGGAAGGGCAUCCUGGACCACCGGCAGCUCCAUGACUUCUCCUCCCCUCCCCACCUCCUGCGUACUCCCAGCGGCGCCUCCACUGUCAGCGUGGGCUCCAGUGAGACCCGGGGGGAGCGGGUCAUCGACGCGGUCCGCUUCACGCUCCGGCAGACCAUUUCCUUCCCACCCCGCGACGAGUGGAACGACUUCAACUUCGACAUGGAUGCCCGGCGCAACAAACAGCAACGCAUCAAGGAGGAAGGGGAGUGA